AUGCAUCGCUUCGCAAGGGCCUGUGCCAGGCCGAUGGCUUUCGGCAUUCGUAAAGGACCACCGAGAUCGAGAGUUUUCGAGCUGUCAAGAGAAUAUCCCUUCCAACUAUGCGUCAUAGCGCCAAAGCGCUACUCUUCCGAAGCCCCUCUUCAUCAUCAGCUGUAUGAGAUUCCGCCCAGUCGACUAGAAUCAAAGAUCCAUCCCCUGGGAUGGGAAGCCAUUCAGUCCCAGACUGAGCCAUGGAUUGACCAGAACUGGAUAUUUGCUAGCGAAGAGGAGAAGCAGGGUUUCUUCGCGCUUGGCAUGUCCCGUGCAUUCAGCCAAUUCUUCCCGCUCACCCUCGAUGAUCGAGUUGAAAUGACUUGCAAAUUGCAUUGCUUAAUCUUUUUGAUCGAUGAUCAACUGGAAAAGAUGGAUCUUCUAGAGAUGCUGUCCUAUAGGAACCGGGUCAUGCAGGUUGCCCGAGGACAAACAAAGCCGGACAAAGCAAAACCUUAUGAGUGGAUGCUAUUUGACCUAUUCCAGCUCAUGAAAAGCACCGAUGAGGCACUGGCAAAGGACCUCAUCGAAGGAUUCUGCGCUCUGCUUCAAGCUCAGACGGCAGAGGAUCGCAUGUCCGUAAAACACCUUGGACCAUACCUUCAGCUCCGGGAAGUUGACGUGGGUAGAACCUUUUACACUGCGCUCAUAAGAUUUGGCGCGGGUUUGCACCUCCACACAACCGAGCUUUCUCAGACUGCCGCACUUGAAAGCUGCGCCUUCCGCUUCAUGGGUGUCCUGAACGACAUUUACAGCUGGGACCGUGAAUCGAAAGUCUAUCAAGCCAACCCGACCGAUGGAUCUCGCCCUUUCUCCUCCAUAUACAUUCUAUCCCAAGAGACCGGUCUGUCAUACACAGCCUGCAAGCGGCUAAUGUACGCCUAUUGUCGUGAACUUGAGAUCGUGAUCAAGCAAUCUAGCGAAGAUCUCAAACAAGAACAUGGUAGCACCCUACGCCCUGAAUUGGAAAAAUACACCAAAGGUCUGGAAUACCUCAUGAGCGGCAUCGAGCAAUGGAGCCAGUGGACGCCGCGCUAUCGGCAAUGA